UCAUUUCCCAAACUCCAACUUAAAACAAAUAAAAAUGCUGAAUGUACUUAGAAAUUCUAACCUGACCCUUGUCGUUUUGAUUUGCUUUGUCUUGAUAGCUUCAAAGCUAUGUUCCGUCAAUUCCUCUGUGUAUGACCCACACAAAACCCUGAAGCAGCGGUUCGAGAAGUGGCUUAAAACCCACAGCAAACUAUAUGGAGGAAGGGAUGAGUGGAUGCUACGGUUUGGGAUAUACCAGUCUAACGUCCAGUUGAUUGACUACAUCAACUCCCUCCACUUGCCCUUUAAGCUAACGGAUAACAGAUUUGCAGACAUGACCAAUUCUGAGUUUAAGGCCCAUUUUCUCGGGUUGAACACGUCUUCCUUGAGGUUACACAAGAAGCAGAGACCAGUUUGUGACCCAGCAGGCAAUGUCCCGGACGCUGUGGACUGGAGGACUCAAGGUGCUGUGACUCCUAUCAGAAAUCAAGGAAAAUGCGGAGGUUGCUGGGCAUUCUCUGCAGUAGCAGCUAUUGAAGGCAUCAACAAGAUUAAAACAGGGAAUUUAGUGUCUCUCUCAGAACAACAACUCAUAGAUUGUGAUGUCGGCACUUACAACAAAGGCUGUAGUGGCGGAUUAAUGGAAACAGCCUUUGAAUUCAUCAAAAGCAAUGGUGGACUCACCACCGAGACCGACUACCCAUACACAGGCAUAGAGGGUACCUGCGAUCAAGAAAAAGCCAAAAAUAAGGUAGUUACGAUACAAGGAUACCAAAAAGUAGCCCAGAACGAGGCGAGCCUACAAAUCGCUGCAGCUCAACAGCCAGUAUCAGUUGGAAUCGAUGCUGGUGGGUUUAUCUUUCAGCUCUACUCUUCUGGUGUUUUCACAAGUUACUGUGGAACAAAUCUCAACCAUGGAGUGACUGUUGUUGGAUAUGGAGUAGAAGGCGAUCAAAAGUACUGGAUCGUAAAGAAUUCAUGGGGAACUGGCUGGGGUGAAGAAGGCUACAUACGGAUGGAGCGUGGUAUAAGCGAAGACACGGGUAAAUGUGGUAUUGCUAUGCUGGCAAGCUAUCCCUUGCAGUGAGUCCAUGAAUCUCCACAAGCUUUAGAACCUAACAGAACCUUAAUAUGACAAUGCUCUCUGUAUGACUAUCUGCAAUAGCGCAGCUAAAAUAAUUACGAUUGUAAAAUAAAGUACUAGAGAUAAUUGAGAGGCAGGUUAUCGUUAACAGGA